ACUGCGCUCCCGAACUCUGAACCUGAUGCUGAUUCCUGAACACCAAGACCAGUCAUCUCAACCAAUCUGGAGCAUGGCCACGCACGCUUGCAUCGUCCGCGACCCAGACGGAAUUCUUGCCUUUGCCUGAACCUCGAACUAGUGAUUGACAACUCACUCUCCCUUCCUCAACCACUUCCACCACCGCAAACCUGCCUACCAGUGGCCAAUUUGAUCUUCUGCCCAGCCCAGCCCAUCGCAUCGCGCAAAGCUUCUACUUAACCUCAUCGCUCGCCGGAAUUCCAAACACCGUACAGUAUCAUGCGCGAGCAAUGCUACAGACCUUCUCGAAUACGCCCGCGGUUGCGACUCGCGCACGCCGACCAAGGUCAAAACUGAGUUUUCGCGCAUUCUACGUCACCGUUCUUUUGAUAUCUGCUUUUGCAGUCAUCAGCUUGGUUGCGGAGCAGACAGCGAGACACAGACAUGGCUCGGAGUAUGGUGCAGCGCAGCGGCGGGCGCUGGCCAGUUUGGAUAGUGGCAGACUUUACAGGAGGGACGAGGAAGUGAGUGUUGGCGAAGUCCUUCUCAGAUAUCAACACUAACAAAGUCCAAACUUCAGUGCCGUCUAGUUCACCAAGCCGAAGAUAAGUGCGCCUUCAUCAAAGCCAAUUGUCCGGACGAAGAAGCCGGUCUUCUAUCCUACCUAUCCCUCUAUUACUGUGAUCUCAGCUCGGCGCAACCGUUCGCAUUUAUAAUUCUCACCCUGUGGUUGGCACUGUUGUUCACAACAAUAGGCAUUGCAGCUUCGGAUUUCUUCUGCAUCAACCUAUCCACCAUAGCGAGCAUUCUUGGAAUGAGCGAAUCCAUGGCCGGAGUGACAUUCUUGGCUUUUGGCAAUGGGAGCCCUGAUGUGUUUUCCACGUUUGCUGCCAUGAGUUCUCAUAGCGGAAGUAUGGCGAUAGGUGAACUGAUUGGAGCGGCCGGUUUUAUAACAGCGGUCGUGGCUGGUUCAAUGGCAUUGGUACGAGAGUUCAAAGUCGGGAAAAAGACUUUUGUCCGAGAUGUGGGCUUCUUUAUUGUCGCUGCAUGCUUUACUAUGGGAUUUCUGUCGGACGGGGAGCUUCAUUUGUGGGAGUGCUGCGCCAUGAUUGGAUUUUACAUUUUCUACGUUAUUGUGGUGGUCAUGUGGCAUUGGUGGUUGGGUCGCCGACGUUUAAGACGAGAGAGAGAGGCUGCUGCUCGCGGCCACUAUCUGGCAAAUUCGAGCGAAGAAAUAGAAGUGACCGAGGAGGAUGACGACGAUGACGAUGCCCCCGCGGGACAAAGAGGUCGAUAUAGAGACUCGGAGGAUUUUGCUGCUCUGGAGGGUGGACCAGGCACAACUUACGACGGAUCCCAGGCAGACCAUGAGAUUGAUGAGGAGGGCGAAGAAGGAAGACAACUGGCCGCCGAGAUGGCGAGCAGUAUGCGUGUCACGCGCCCAAGGGGCUCUCGGAGAAAUACCAUCACUCCAAUCCGACCCAGUUUGGUUGGAGCUCUGGAAUUUAGAUCGGUUCUUUCAUCACUUCAGAGAUCUCGAGGAUCCCACGCACGGCCAAUACAUCUUCGUCGAUAUUCGGACGAUCCAACUGGAGGGAACACCAUAAGCAACUUUGCUCGAUUGCCUUCGGGCCAGGGGCCAUAUUCAGACAACGUUUCUAGCAUUGUUGUGACUAGAGCAGAAGAUUCCGACGAAUCCGUAGAGACAAUGCCAUCACGAAGAUUACGAGCGGUAUCUAUGAAUGACGCUGAGGGAUCCAAACUGCCAGAUCCAGCGGCUUUUAGCGUUGCCAAAAUCCCAAAUAUCGGGCUUGUGGCAGCCACUCCUACACACCCCACACACCUAAGCGCAGAAUCUGCAAGCCUUCACGCACCUCCCUCACCAUCGAUUUCUGUCUCUCCUCCAUCAUCGGUUCUUGGAUUCAGGGGUAUGAGCCCAGCUCCUUCCAGAGAUGGUCGCAAACAUAAUAGCCUGGCACCCCCAGCUGAGGGUUCGAGCGCUCGUCAUCUUCGAGUAGACUCUAUAGACUCUUUGAGGCCGCAGCGUCCUCGACUUGAUAUUCCUGGCUCCAUAUCAAGAGAUAGCUCCCGCUCUCCCAGAUCUUCAAUCACGUCUCCCAUUCUGCAGUUUCCUGCCUAUACCGACUCCCCCUUGCCGAUGUCUGCCCGCAGCUCACAAGCUCCAAGUCUCAUGCUUCCCGACAAUGCACUGACUGCAGAGUCAUCAUAUACAGAGCAGGGUCUGGGGGAAGAAUAUCUAGAGAAACGGAUUAAAUGGUGGCCAUAUCGUUUCUUACCUAGCCCCUACGUUCUACUGUCUACGCUCUUCCCUACCUUAUCAACGUGGCGAGAUAAAUCGAUCUGGGACAAAUUCGUCAGUGUCAUAUCAGCACCAAGUAUAUUUCUUCUUGCUAUUACUCUGCCUGUCGUAGAGUCUGAGCAAAGGGAAGAGGAAGUUCCUGAACCGGCUGUUACAGAAGAGAGACGCCCUCUUUUGAGGAACAGGUCGAGGAGGGGUACACUGCCACCUGUUUUAACACCAGAAAGUCCAUCAAUGGGACCCGAGCCCGAAUGGUCGCAAUAUCAACGAAUGGCUGGUAGUCAAUCUCCUCGAUUGCCAAAUGAUCAUUCCGGUCUUACUGGCCACGGUGCUGCAGCGGUUGCUGUUUCUGCUGAGCAUCUCCACAACCACAUGCAACCAGUGAUAGAUCCACCAAAACAACCAACUAACUCCGUCGAAGAUCUUCACGACACGACCAGCGAUAAGUGUCCAUCGGGUGAUUGGAAUCGAUGGUUGGUUUCAGUUCAACUCUUCACUGCCCCUUUGUUCACAGUGUUCAUAAUUUGGGCCAACGGCGAUCCUAGUUGGAGUCUUCUCGCCCGAUUGGUUCUAUAUUCCCUCCUCGGAUCACUUGUGGCCUUUGCCAUUUUGGUCUUCACUACUACGCCCUCCAAGCCACCAAAAUAUCGAUUUCUUCUGUGUUUCAUGGGGUUUGUUGUUUCCGUGGCCUGGAUCUCGACAAUUGCAAAUGAAGUGGUAGGGGUUUUGAAGGCUUUCGGGGUCAUACUUGGGAUAUCAGACGCCAUUCUCGGACUCACCAUCUUUGCGGUUGGUAAUUCUCUUGGAGACUUGGUGGCCGACAUCACAGUCGCUAGACUAGGAUAUCCUGUCAUGGCAUUGAGUGCUUGCUUCGGUGGACCAAUGCUCAACAUAUUGCUUGGCAUUGGAAUUUCUGGUGUUUACAUGACCAUCAAAGAGGCGAACCAUAAGCACUCGAAACACCCAGGAAAAAACAUCAAAUACAAACCAUAUCAUAUCGAAGUUAGUCGAACUCUUAUGGUUUCGGGAGCUACUUUGUUGGUUACUCUGGUUGGAUUAUUGGUGGCGGUUCCAAUGAAUAAAUGGGUUAUGAGUCGACGAAUUGGUUGGGGACUUAUUAGUUUAUGGAUCUGCAGUACGGUGAUUAAUUUGGGUGUGGAGAUUAGCGGGUGGGGGGUCACUUCCUAACAUCUCUUUUUAAAUAUUGUUUAUGUUUCAUAAUCAUAAUUGGGUUUGUUCUAUAUGGGUAGGCUUUGGGCAAUGGGCGUUUGAGGGAAGCUACAUAGGUAGCGUCUUUGGCUGUUCUCGGCGUUUUCUUGACUAUUGGAGUUUUACAUACGAGUGGGAAUACGUAUAUAUGUAGUAGAUUCUUAUGAUGACUUCAAAUCUCAGUUCAGUCUUGA